AUGGUCUCCAUGGAGAAAUCGAUGUCCAAAAAAAUUCAAAGAAUCCAUCAAUGCGACUCGGAUGGUCGCCAAAACGAUUUUGUUGUAGUUAAUAUGGAUGGAGCAUUGCUCGUCGAGCGCAAUCCAUUCGCGUAUUUUUCUUUGGUAGCAUUCGAUGUUGGUGGCAUUUUAAGGUUUUUCAUUUUGGUCUUAGUUAGUCCUUUUGCGUUGUUUUUUUACCAUAUGGUCUCCGAAUCUUUGGGGAUUAAGGUGCUCGUAUUCGCGACAUUUUUUGGAGUGAGAGUCUCGGAAAUUAAAUCCGCGGCUAGGGUUGUUUUGCCAAAAUUUUAUUCGGAGGAUUUGCAUCCGAAGACUUGGUCGGUGUUUUCUUCAUGUAGGAAGAAGUGUGUAGUCACGGCGACGCCAAGGAUUAUGGUCGAGCCAUUCUUGAAGGACUAUUUGGGCGCGGAUGUUGUUUUAGGGACGGAGAUUUCAUCGUAUAAGGGUUUUGCGACGGGGUUUGUGGCCAACACGGGCGUGUUGGUUGGUCGAAAGAAGGCUAUUGCUUUAAGGAAGGAAAUGAGUGAUGAAUCAAUGCCUAACAUAGGAAUUGGAAGCUCUGAUUUGGAUUUUCCAUUUAUGGAGCUUUGCAAGGAAAUGUACAUUGUGCCAUCGAGUCAAAAGGUGCAACCUUUGAAGCCAAGUACGUUGCCAAAGCCCGUAGUAUUUCACGAUGGUAGACUCGUUUGUAGGCCAACUCCUUCGAAGGCAUUGCUACUCAUUUUGUGGUUCCCGAUUGGAUUAUCCCUAUCACUUAUCCGCGCUUUUUUUGUUUGUGUAUUGCCUCUCACAUUAACCCUAAAAACCCUAAAUCUACUUGGUUGCCCUAUAAUCAUCAAAGGCGUACAACCCAAAAAUUUAAAAUCUUCAUCCGAACAAAAUGGGGUUGUCUUCAUUUGCAACCAUAGAACCCUAUUGGACCCAAUUUACGUGUCAGCGUGCUUGGGCGAGAGUACUCCCGCGAUCACAUACUCUUUGUCAUCAUUCUCUGAAAUUAUGUCCCCGAUAAAAACCUAUAGGGCCACGAGGGACCGUGCGAAAGAUGCUAAAUUGAUGCAAACACUUUUGAGUCACGGGUGUUUUGUGAUGAGCCCCGAAGGAACAACUUGUCGAGAACCGUACCUACUUAGGUUUUCGAAGCUAUUCGCGGAGUUGACCGACGAGAUUGCGCCGGUGGCGAUUAAUGUAAGAGUGAGUAUGUUUUAUGGGACAACGGCUAGAGGACACAAAUGGUUAGAUUGGUUGUUUUUCUUCAUGAACCCUAAGCCAAUUUAUGAGGUCACAUUCUUGAACAAGUUGCCACGUCAUCAAAGUUGUCAUGGAGGAAAAUCGAGCCAAGAAGUUGCCAAUGGUGUUCAAGAAAUGAUUGCAAAGGUUUUAAACUUCCAAUGCACCAAUCUUACGAGGAAGGAUAAGUAUCAAUUGUUGAAUGGAACAAAUGGUUUUGUUAAUUAG